UCUUUCCUUAUCUUCCUUACACAUUCUUUAAUUCCCGUCUUUUUUUUUUGAUUCAAGAACAAUGCUCUGUUUUUUUGUUUUUUCCAUUAAUUAGACUGAAAUAAAUUGAACUUUUUGUUUUUGUUCCCUGUUCUAUUGUGAAGCAAAAUCUUUUUAUUGUUUUUAAAUCCCAAUAAUAAAUAUGGAAAGCUGGAAAUUUGAAGUGUUCUGUUUGUUGGGGUUUUAAUGCUAUAUGCAGAGAUAUUUAAGCAUAUUGGUAAGAAAGGUAACUUCAAGCUUUUCAAUUGAAUUUCAAAGUUAGAUAGUGAUAGUGUAGUUGUAGUUGUAGUAGUAGUAGUGUUCUCUCUUUUUAUUUUAUGCCUUAUUGGAUUCAAAAUUUGAAACUUUUUGUUGGAGCAAUAAUAAUUAAUGUAUUGGAAAUCCCAUAAUUUCACUCUCCAAAAAGGUUUGAAAACCGAAUCCGAAGCUCAACCCAAAGUUUCCUUGACUGAAGUAAAUAGAUUCAAUGGGUUGUAUUUCUUGAGGAGGAUGAGAGGGAAGAAGAUAAUGUUCGUUGGAGAUUCACUGAGCACAAACAUGUGGCAAUCUCUUGCUUGUCUGAUUCAUGCUUGGGUUCCUAACACUCGUUACACGCUUCUUCGCCAGAAGGGUCUUGCUUCACUUACCUUCGAGGAAUACGGAGUGACGUUGAUGCUUUACAGAACACAGUUCUUAGUAGAUCUGAAUGUAGAAAAAGUUGGGAGAGUGCUUAAGCUAAAUUCCAUUAAGCAAGGCAACAUGUGGAGAGGCAUGGACGUUUUGAUUUUCAACUCUUGGCAUUGGUGGACUCACACCGAGCACAUCCAGCCGUGGGACUACAUGGAAGAUGGAAAUAGAUUGUACAAAGACAUGAACCGGCUCAUUGCUUUUUACAAAGGAAUGACCACUUGGGCUCGAUGGGUUAAUGCUUACGUCGAUUCUUCUAAGACCAAAGUCUUCUUCAACGGCGUGUCUCCGACUCAUUACGAGGGAAAGGAUUGGGGAGAGCCAAUGAACUCAUGUAGGAGUCAGACGCAGCCAUUCUACGGGAGGAGGUAUCCAGGAGGGACACCAAUGGCUUGGGUGGUACUAAACAAAGUGAUGAGAAGAUUGAGGAAACCGGUCCAUUGGCUCGAUAUAACGGGUCUCUCUCAGCUUCGUAAAGAUGCUCAUCCUUCAGCUUUCAGUGGGAACCAUCCUGGUAAUGACUGUAGCCACUGGUGUCUUCCUGGCUUGCCUGAUACGUGGAACGUGCUCUUUUACUCUACUCUUUUCUCUUCCUAAAUAAUUCUUGUUUUUUUUUUUCUGUCUGAUCAAUGUAUUAAGUUAACUUAAAAAACAAAAAUCAAUUAUUUUUA